CAGUCCCCUACGGAAGUUUGUUCAGAAAUAGACAAGUUGAUUUAAGGGUUCUACUAAUCGGAAGUUUUGUGUUCUCCUUCAUACAGUUUAGAAAUAUGCUCAAAUCAGGAUCCAUUCAAUCGAUUUCUGUUUUUGACCAAUGCGCGGGAACGGCCAAAUUCCAGGAAUUCGUUACAAAUGAACAUCUAUCUUGCAAUGACAUGGGAAAGGCCAAAGGCAAAGGCAAAGGCAAAGGCAAAGGCAAAGGCACGGCUACCUCGGAGAUUGAUCAUCCAGCUUCAUGCCAAGGUUUCGAUUGUGACAUGAUGUUGGAUGAUAAACUUUUCACUGGAUUGGCCUUGCCACAAACAUCUAUCCGAUUCGACCUUGGAGGAUCUGUCCAAGAUAUUCAAUCUGUGUUACUUCAUUUCGAACCUAGGACCAGUAUUCCCAAGCAUAUGUUGUUGACCAAUUGUGAUGCUCAAUCUCAAAGGUUCGAUUUGGAGGCUAAAUCUAUUUUCAUCUUGAUCCUGGAAGAAUCGUGGGAGACGAGUUGCAUGGACGUGACAUUUGGACCCGAAAAAUAUGUUCAUGAUCCGAGCAAUGACAUUGUCGUGGUUCAGGGCAUUUUUUGGGUCAAUCAGUUGUGCUGAAGUUUGUCGUUAUGAGGUACAUUUUCGCAUAAUAAACGAAGCUCCUUCAAUUUCUUGUUUAUUUUUUAAUGGAAUUUUAUUCAAAAAGCGAGAUCCCGAAAUCCGUUUGGCAGUCAAUUGAUAGGCACAAUCGUAAAUACUUGGAAAAGCUGUUAAGAUUUACCUCAGUCAA